UUAACAUUUCCAAAAAUUAUUGUCUGUGCAUCAGCUGAUUAUCAUUUUUCCUUGGAAAAGAUAGUAUCACGUUAACUCAUUAUUUAAUAGAAAAUACAAUAAUUCAUUGGUACUGAAUGUGAUGUAGUGUAGUAUUCAUGGAUUACUAGAUUUGAGAAAGAAGGAAUUGCAACUCAUAAGUGUCCAAAUGAGUGUUUGGAAGCCAGUAGUAUAAAAUUAUAAAAGAAAGAUAGACAGAGAAAUUAAGGUACAAUGAUUUGGUCUAAGAUAUUCUUGUUGAAUUAUCACAGCCCUGCUUCUGAUACUACACACAAGAUGUCAUCUUUCAAUCUGAAUGUGAAGAUUGUGAGGCAUUAAUUUAAAAGUAAUCAAAUUUCAUCCAGGGAAUGGGUUGUGCUACAACUGAAGUCCUGCAGUUAUCCUUAUGUCUUCUUAUUACAGAACUGGGGAGCAAGUUUGUAGAUGAAGGUAUUGCUGUCCUUGCUGGUGGCAUUGCCAUAUAUGCAGAUCUUUUCAAAAGGACUAAAUCAGAAGAUACUAUGGCUUUGGAACUCUCCAUAGCAAAAAGUCAUAGGAGUAUCAAGGAGGUUGCUUCUGAAUUACUGGAUCUUGAGGAUGAAUGGAACAAUUUCCUUAGUGAAAUUGAAGGUAAAGGAGAAGAAAAUGGAAAUCAGCAUAGCACUUUGGUUGUUGUAGGGGAUGCUAUCCAAAAAAAUUUUUUCUUACAACUUGUCACUCUUCCACCACACACUGCCAUGGCCAGUGAUGAGGGUGCCUACAAAACAUCCAGUACAGUGACACUACAAGAUAUUCUGAAAUCCAGUCGGCAAAAUGCAACUUUGUUUGUAUUCAAUCGACAUUUUGCUUGACUACCGUGACGCACCCACAUCUCUCAGCUCGCUUCCAGACAGGAUGAAUUGUAUGGUGCUGGCUGUAGUGUGGUUGUGGUCACCUUUGGGGAAAUGUCAGGAGCUGAGCGUUGGCUUCAGGAAACAAAAUGCCCCUUUCCAUAUUACAGAGACCCUACAAGGGCUCUUUAUUGUCAUCUUGGACUCAAAAGAUCCAUUAAGAAUGUCUGGAACACCUCAACUCUGAGAUUCUAUGGUUGUGAGUCUGCCAAGGGAACACCUCUUCCUCAUUCAUAUUCUGAUAUAGAAGAUGAUCCUCAUCAGAUGGGAGGAGAUUUCAUACUGGACAAAGAUUUUAAGAUUGUUUUCAUAUAUAGGAGCAAGACACCCAGUGACAGACCUGUGGUUAAUGAAGUACUUGAAGCUCUUAAAUAUACCAUAGAGUCAGACUAGACUUACCUUAUGCAAAUUUCCAGUUUGCUUUUUACCUACAUACAUAUGUCUUGUCAUACAAAGAAGGAAAGACUUAUCCCAACUAACAAUCCUAGUCUGCGAUAUAUAUAUAUAUAUAUAUAUAUAUAUAUAUAUAUAUAUAUAUAUAUAUAUAUAUAUAUAUAUAUAUAUAUAUAUAUAUAUAUAUAUAUAUAUAUAUAUACACAGACAAGGUGGAAAGAAUAAGAACAGAAUGUGGUAAUGAAAAGUUUCUUCCUUUUAUUUUCAUCUGUGAACUCACUCCCUUUGAGCUCUUCUGUAAAGACAAAUAAAUAUUUCUCGUAGUUUAUAAUUGUAACGUCAGAUAUUUCAAGAUUCUCAUUUAUAGCUUUUAUAUAUAUUUUGAUUUCUACAGUUUAGGCAUUCAUUUUCUACUACUUGGAUUUGAAUUUCCUCUUAUUGUUCUGAACAAUUUUCAUGUUUUGAAAUUUGAUUCAGAGUGUAUUUUCUGCAUUAUUUAGUCAGGUAAAAAGUUGAAUACAUAAUACAGAUGAAUGCAUGAAAUAAUAUUUUUGUAUGUUAUUUGUUGCUUUUACUACCAUUGCCCUCUUUAGAGGUAUUUAACACAAGGGAAUGUAAAAAAAGGAAAAAAAAGGUCAUGAGGUAGCUAUGCUUGGUAAAAUAAUUGUGCCUUUUACAUCUUUAAGGAGGACCAUAAUUCUCUAACAUGUGGACAAAUAUAGAAUUAUGAAGGCAUUUGCAGAAACUUAAUGUAGCAUUUGCUGGAUCUGUUUUUUGUGUGUUUUCAUAUGUUGUAGAAUCAAUAACAUUUAAGAAAAUUAUCUGUGACAGUUUAUACAUGAAUACAAAAAAUAAAUUAUAAAUUUAUGCA